UGUUCUCAUUCCAAAUCUCAUCUCUCUGUAUCCGAGAGACACACAAAUCACAAAACACAACCAAAACCCUAAACAUUUCUCAAAUUAAAUCUCAAGAAGAAAACCUUGAAAAACCCAGUCGAGAUUUAUUUAGAAAAUGAAGUAUAGGAAUGUGAUACCAGAGAAAUUAUGGUUUAUAAUUGUGGGUUUAGCAGGAUUAAUAGCGGGUUCAAUCAUAAUCAGCACAUUCAACAGAUCUAACUACAAUCCAUUACUCUGUACAAGAGUUGUUGAUUCAAAUCCAACAACAAAUCAAUUAAACGCUAUACUUCAUUACGCAACAUCAAAAAUCACACCACAGCAAUCAAAUCAAGAAAUCAGAGUAUCAUUCGAUGUUCUCCAGCUCUUAUCUCCGUGUAAUUUCUUAGUAUUUGGUCUCGGUUUCGAUUCGCAAAUGUGGGCAGCUUUUAAUCCAAGAGGUACGACGCUGUUUCUCGAAGAAGAUCCAAAAUGGGUGCAAACCGUGUUGAAAGAUGCAUCUUUUUUACAUGCUCAUACUGUUACUUAUCGUACUCAGUUACAAGAAGCUGAUGAUUUAAUCAAAUCGUAUCGGAACGUCCCGAGUUGUUUACCGGCGAACGCUUACGUUAACGGCAACACGGAGUGUAAAUUAGCACUUACCAAUAUGCCUGAUGAGGUUUAUGAUAAAGAAUGGGAUUUGAUUAUGAUCGAUGCGCCAAGAGGUUGGUUCGCUGAAGCACCGGGUCGUAUGGGAGCGAUUUGGUCAGCUGCUGUUAUGGCUAGGAACCGGAAAGGACCAGGUGUGACUCAUGUGUUUUUACAUGAUGUGGAUCGGAAAGUUGAGAAAAUGUUUGCAAUGGAGUUUUUGUGCAAGAAGUAUUUGGUUAAAGCUGUUGGUAGACUUUGGCAUUUUGAAAUUCCUUCAAUGGCAAAUGUUAGCAGCUCGGUGAUUGGUGGGAGUAGUUUCUGCUAAAAUGAUCCUGGAGUGGGUUGCCUUUGUUGAAUCAAAUUUAAUUUUCUUUUUCUUUCUUUUUUUGUGAAAAAAAGGAUGAAUAUUUAUAUGCUCAUUUGCUAUGAGAUAUUGUUGUUUAUUUAAAUUGAAAAAACUGGAUUAGAAUUCAAGGGAAAAUUUUACAUUGAAGUUAAGAAUAUAUUCGUAUUUUGGUUCA